UCAAUCACACGCGUUGCUAUGGCAACGAGACCAGAGAGUUGCUGCCUCUCCUUUGGUGUAGCCAUACUUUAACUUCCACAUCGGUACCGCAGGUCCAGCAUGUCCAGGUUUUCCAGAUCCAGCUCCAAUCUUCGGUCAUCGAGACCAAAACGAGCCCCGGACAGCACGGAGAACGCAAAUAUGACCAUUGAAAUACCAGAGUGCAGGGACAAAAAGCCUCCGCCCGUGGAACACUCCAUCAUCCCAGAUGAACUCCUAGUCAGCCUCACCUCCACCGUCUGCAACGGGAACAAAGAAGGGCACACUGUACACCGUCAGCGCUGCGAGAGCUGUGCAGUCAGACGGCCGGAUGCUGUGUGGCAUCAUCCGCUCGGACGCAAGAAGUACAAAUUCUUCCUGGAGCAGCCAACUUCUCUGACAGGAGCUGGCAGGGACAUCUCAUUUCUGUGUGAUGCUAUGACCCAGAGGAAGACGACACCACUGCCACCACUGAGGGGCAAAAGUGAGAUUUGUGAAACAGAGAACUUGAACAUCUCUGAUAAUUUAAUCCCAGAAGAAUUUCAUUUUGUCAAAAACAGAGGGAUUCAGUGCCUGAAGUUCUAUGAGGAUCCGUUCACAGUGCAGCUGAUGGAUGAGGAGCGGAAGCUCCGGGUCUUUCCGUCACUGAAGCCUAGCGGCAGACAAGAAGCUGUCGAGUUGAUGAGAGCCAUGGAUGACAUGCUGGAGAAAGCGGGCGUGGAUCGACAGAACGAAGAGUUAUCCGAGCUCUCCCAAAUGGAAGGUCUGCUUGAGCUGGUAAAGGUUGAGCAGAACAUCUACAACACCGUUUUCCAUGAACUGAUCAGGCAGGUGACCGUAGGCUGCGCAGAGAGAGGACAAGUGCUCGCCAAACUCAGACAACGCUACCAGGUGUUGCUGGAUCGAAUUCCACGGCGCCUAAAGGCUUUACACACCGAGACAGUCGCACAGAAGAGUUUGGACCGCCGGCUCACUGAGGAAAUCCACCGCAUCAAGUCCUCCCUGCAGCAGCUGAGCAUAGAAGCAUCAAAAAUCAAAGACCAUGACACCUUGGUUUGUGAGAAGGCGGGGCUCGCUCAUCAUCGGCUGGCUGAAGCCCUCAUACAGACACACACAGACUCAGAUGUGCUUCAGCGUUACCAUGAGCUUUAUGAGCUGCUCCGGACUCGCCUUGAGGCUCAGCUGCUGCAAAUGACGGAGGAGAGAAACAACUGGAGCAAACUCACCUUCAGCCUUGCCCUAAAGUUGAUCAGCGUUAAGAAGCUGCAUCUGGUUGGUCAGUUGCACGUCAGUGAGCGAGGCUGGCUCCAGACAGCAGAAAGCUGCCUGCUUCAUCUCUCCUCAAAGGAUGCAGAAGACCUUAAAGAAAUCCUGGAGCUCACCGACCACUGGGAAGAGGAGCUGACUGACGUGGUUUCCCAGCUGAAGAAGACGGAGCAUUCUCACUGUGUGCAGAUCAGCGUAAUCCAACAUGGAAUCACUAAAUGGCUCUCCCUUAUCACUGCUCAAAUUAAGUGUCCUGAUCUCAAACAUGAAGAAAACUCUGUGGAAGAGAUUCACGCAGAUUUGAUGCAGUGGUCACAAAUUCUUAUUCUUUUGUCUGAGUACUAUCAAGGCGAGAAACCAGCUUUGUGUCAACAGACACUGGGAAAUCUCAGUGUUGUCCAGGAAAAAUGGCUGAAUUUGAGCGUCCAGUUGUUUGAAAGGCAUCCUCGUCUCUAUGAAGCUCCUGAAGGUCAAGAGGCUGUGAGGAAGCUGGAGCGAGUCCUGCCUGAACUCGUCAAGCAGCUGGGGUUAAAGAUCAGCGGGGACAGCGGAAUCCUCAGAGUGAUUUUGUCGCUUCUUGGUUUGGUUGAUUCCUGGGUUUUCAGAACUUCUGCGAGUAUCGCAUGGUCAAAAACGGCGUUUAACUUUGACUGGCAGAAACUCAAGGAAGCUUUGCUGGACUGUCAGGGUUUGGUUGAAGAAGCUCUGUGGCAUUUCUCCAUGUCGCAGACAGACAACAAGGACAAAAAAAAGCCUAAUGUAUUCCAGGAGACAGAAAAACUCCUACUUGAUAUUCAAGUGUUCACCACCUGCUUGUCCAGCUUUGUAGAUGAUGAGAUCCAUAAACUCAAAGAGGAGGUCAUGUGGGUUCACAUGGCUCAGAUGAACUGGAUGUAUGAUAUGCUGCUCAUCUUGACGCCCGACUGCAUUGAAGAACCCGAUCUUGGACAGGAACACCUCCACAUUAAGAGAAUCUCACUGCAAACUCUAGAUGCAGAUGCUCAGGUGCUGAUGGGGAAACUGGACGUUCUUUCCACCUACAUUACCAGAUCUUGUAGCUUGAUUCUGGAGGAAAACAAUCCUUCGGAAGCUAGGUCCGAUAGUGACAAACACAAAAAGCUCCAGAGAGAGUGUGAGGACUGGGUGGAGACGUGUAAAAUAAUCCUGACAGGACUCCACGAUGAUCCGGAUGUGCAUUCUGGGAUCCCUGAUGGCAAAGAUCCCGCAGACGGCCUGGAGACUGAGGACAUUUCAGGAGAAUCUGCCACAGAAAACAACAAGAAGAUGAAAGAUGAGACUGAAGCUACACCUCAGAAGAUGGAGCUAACGAUUUGUGAAAAUCCAGUGAUAAAUCGGAUCAACUAUGACAGAAACAUUUCUCAGAUAAAGCUUGGAAGGAACAGAGUCCAUCUGACUGAGACUGAUGAGCUGGUUGUGUCUCCAACAACUAAAGAAGCCCAGAGAGCGUUUAGUGAUCUGACCUCUUUGGGAAUACUGCAGAGAGAACUACAUGAUUCUGAGAUGCGAGUGAGGAGCGCUGAGCAGCGAGCCCUGAGUGCUGAAGAGGCUCUCCAGGCAGCGCUGGAGAAGAUACAAGACCUGGAGAGACGGCUGCAGGGUCGUCCCGCUCUGGAGCUUCAACCUACUGAAGAGAAAAGUAAGAUGACACCUACUCCAUCACCAACUGCAUUAACACCGACUGCACAAAAGAAAAUCACUAAAGCCAAACAGGAGAGCUCCAAAAAAAGGACAAAGAAACAGUGAUCUUGUUUUUUCUGCUUUAAAUAUAUUUAUUUUUCCUUUAUUGCGUUUCACCAGAAUGGAAACCUUAUCUUACACUAUCUUUCAUUAAAUUGUGUGAAUGUUUAGAUCAUUACAUAAAUUUUAAUAAAUUAUAAGUGUUUGCAAAUCA